AUGGAGAAGGAUAGCUCUCGGCUGCGCUUAAGCGUGAAGCGCGUCGACCAGCGCCGGUGGGCCGGCGAGGCGAACGGCGAUGGUGGCGCUGCUGCGGCCAAAGCCUUGGCGGCGGGCAAGGUGCGGGGCAGCCGCGUUUGCUCGCUCGGCAGCCGGGUAGCGCUCGACCCGAAAGCGCCCGUGAGUGCGCGGCUGCGGACUGUCAGCGGCGGGCGCGUCAAGCUACUGCUGCACGCGCAGCGGCCGCGCUCUUCGCGGCUGCCCCGGCCGAAGCGAUUUCGCGUGGAAGACCUCCACCAUGAGAGGGGCGACGACGACGACGAGGAGGAGGAGGAGGUGGACGAAGGCACCGAUCUCAUCUGCACCUGGCUGCAGUGCGAUGUGUGUGGCAAGUGGCGCAUCGUGCCCGACCACUCGGUCGGUGCCGAGGGCGAGCCAUGGUACUGCUCGAUGAACCUCGACCCUCGGCACAACCGCUGCAGCGUGCCGCAGCAGCCCGACGACGCUGUCGCCGACUUUUCGGACUUGCCGCGCGCCGCGCCCGAGCCGCCGUAG